AUGGAGAUUGACUAUGCCGAGCAACGCACGCUGCCUGAAGAUAAUCCGAGCCCCAAUUCACCCAGAUCCUCAUUCGUCGACUUUUUGAAAAGAGGCAGUUAUCAUCUACGAAGAUCUAGCAAGCAGGAGAACUCCCCUGCGUCAAAUUCAACAAUUCCACCCGUCGAACCAAACCCACCUACCGAUCCCGAGAAGCUUGACCACUCACAACCCUUUACAGACAUCACUGGGGAUCUUAAAGAAAAGGGCCAAGAGAAUGAGGCCGUGGCAGCCCUAGAAACUUCCAAACCAGAAAGAUCAGCCUCAGAGACCGCAGUCGCAAAUGAAUCCAUCCUGCGCAAACAGAACCCGUUUAACCUCGAUUCGAUCAUCUGGGACGAUUCCUCAAGAGAUGGCUUAAACCGACGCGCAUCAGUUGAUUUGGACGAUAUGAUCGCGCGUCUCUUACAGGCCGGACAAUCAAAAGCGACAAAGAAAUUCUGUCUCGAACCAACCGAAAUCCUAGCUAUCUGCUCAAUCGCACGAAACCUAUUCCUCUCUCAGCCCGUCCUUCUAGAGCUUAAUGCCCCCGUCCAUAUCGUGGGUGAUAUCCACGGCCAAUACACGGAUCUACUUCGUAUCUUCGAACUAUCCGGAUACCCUUCUACCACCAAUUAUCUUUUCUUGGGCGAUUACGUCGACAGAGGGAAACAAAGCCUCGAAACCAUACUUUUGCUGCUAUGCUACAAGCUCAAAUACCCCGAAACCUUCUUCCUCCUCCGAGGAAACCAUGAAUGCGCGAAUAUCUCCCGUAUCUACGGAUUUCACGACGAGUGCAAGCGCAGAUCCAGUAUUAAAGUCUGGAAGACAUUUACUGACGUUUUUAACUGUCUCCCCAUCGCAGCCGUCGUAGCAGAGAAAAUCUUCUGCGUCCACGGCGGCCUCUCUCCUAACCUUGCUGAUAUGAAUGAUAUUCGAAAUAUUGUUCGCCCGACCGAGAUACCCAGCCAAGGCCUCCUGACUGAUCUGCUUUGGAGCGAUCCCGCAAACAUUAAAGACUGGGGACCGAACGACGAUCGUGGUGUUAGCUGGACUUUUGGGCGUAAGCCCGUUGCGAAUUUCCUGAAGCGACAUGGCUUGGAUUUGGUGUGCCGGUCACACAUGGUGGUGGAAACAGGUUAUGAAUUCUUUGGAGAGAGGAAUCUUGUGACUAUCUUCUCUGCGCCAAAUGUAAGUCUCCUUGAUUUUGUCGUGAGGCACCGACUGACGUGUGCCAAGUAUUGUGGCGAGUUCGAUAAUUGGGGGGCUAUCAUGACAGUCUCGGAUGACUUACUUUGUAACUUCAAUGUUAUCAAAUCACCAGUUCUCCCUUCAACCAACGGCCGAGUGAGGAGAAAGAGCGAAACCAAGGCGUGGGAGAAAGCUCUGUGA